AUGGAACGUGUCAAGCCUUUGGCUCCCAAGCUCAUGAUCAACAUUCAUCCUGAAUGGGUGAAGAAACUUCGAGAUGAUUGGAAUAUUUGCUGUUCAUUUGGUUUCAAAUCCGACUCAUCAAAGGAGGAGUUUAACAUUAUUGCAUGGGCUAGGACUCCUCAGAGAAAUUAUAAUGUAUCAUUCGAGGAUAUAUAUGAAAUUGGCGCCUACGCUGAUAACGUAAAACUAGGCGAUGAGAUUGUUCCCAAUACGGAGUUAGUACGAGUCAAGCUUGGUGAUACCGUCUCCCUCAGUAAAGGCUGGACCAUCUCGCUCGUCGAGCCCCCAGAAGAUGUUGCUCCAGACGGUUUCCGGUUCCGAACUAAAUCAGAUGGGGAUGCUUCCGCUGUCGUCAUGAAAUACAUCCAUCAGGAAAUGCAGCCUGUUUACAUUGCUGGGCUAGGAACCGACCCCCUGCCAUCUGGGACUUACACCAUUAAACCCACAGGCAAUGUUUGCUUUUUCUUCCUUGGUCAACAAGAGAAGACAGCCUUUUCACUGAACAAAGUUUCCAAUCCCAAGAUUAUACAAUAUGCAGGAAAACUCCCCCUGACGGUUUCUUACGAUCGUGAAGGCAAUUGGAUAGUUGGCAAUGAUAUUGAUUUAAACCCAGGAAGUCAUUGA